AUGGCCGCCAAUAAGCCAUCGAUAGCCAUCAUCGGUGGUGGCAUCUCUGGCCUUACACUUGCCAUUGCACUGAUCAGACGUGGCCUGAAUGUUCAGAUAUAUGAGCAAGCGCGUGCAUUUGGUGAGAUAGGAGCCGGCGUCGCCUUCGGUCCCAACUCGAUACGAGCCAUGAAGACCUGCUCUCCCGAUAUCUUCGAUGCCUUCGAGAAGGUAGCAACGAUCAACCAAUGGCCCGAGAAGAAGAACGUGUGGUUCGACUUUCACGAUGGCUAUGACAAGGACUCUCCAGUAGGUCAAGAGAAGCUACUCUUCACUCUGUCGUCAGAGUCUGGGAAUAAUGCUGUACACCGGGCUCAUUUUCUGGACGAGGUGAUCAAGCUGGUCCCAGACGAGAUCACACACUUCAGGAAGCAUCUGGAUACGAUUGAGCAGCCAAUUGGACAAGGCAAGGUCAAGAUGACGUUCCACGAUGGCACGGCCGCGGAAGCAGAUGCGGUGAUCGGAUGUGAUGGCAUCAAGUCGAGGACACGAGCAUGGAUGCUUGGAGGCGAUGAUACACCUGGUGCUGCGCCUGUCUAUACUCAUAAAUAUGCGUACCGAGGACUUAUACCCAUGCAACGUGCGGUGGAUGCGUUAGGUGACGACAAUGCUAGGAACUCGAAAAUGCAUCUUGGACAAGAUGGCCACAUUCUCACGUUUCCCGUCAGCAAAGGCCAGACCAUGAACGUUGUAGCGUUCUAUACUAAUAACGAUGACUGGCCAGACGCGCAGCACCUCACCAAAUCGACGGAGAAGAAGCAUGUGUACGAAGACUUUAAGCACUUUGGUCCGACGGUGCAAAAGAUUAUUGAUAUGCUGGAACCAAAUUUGGACUGCUGGGCAAUCUUUGACACGGGUGAUCAUCCAAUGCAAGCAUACAACAAGGGUAGAGUUUGCUGUCUUGGCGAUGCUGGCCACGCUACUAGUCCACAUCAUGGAGCAGGAGCAGGCAUGUGUAUCGAAGACACUGCAAUAAUGGCGGAGCUCUUAGCUGAGAAGACUGUCCAUGAUGCCGGGAUCAAGGGCAUCGAGGCGGCUUUCCAAGCAUUCAAUGACUGUCGUCUAGAACGCACUCAAUGGCUGGUACAAAGUAGUCGUCGAACCGGCGAUCUUUAUGAGUGGCGAGCUGAACACGUGGGCAGAGAUAUCGAGAAGAUCCAUACGGAGUGCAAGGAGCGAGAUGAGAAGAUCUGGAAUGUUAAGAUUGAUGAUCUGAUUACCGAAGCCAAGCAGCACCUGCGAACUCUGCUGAGCUGA